AUGGGAACAACAUAUGCGGAUAUCAAUAUCGACAAAAAUCCUUACAUCUUUCCUUCAAGCGGGCAUGUCAUCAGUAUGAAAAGCCUGGAUGCAUACCGGGACAUGGCAAAAUACUAUGUGGUGUCCCAGGAACCAGGCAAAGGGAAUAUCAUUGUGGGCUUGAAGCCUUCCGCACCAUUAUCUGAAACUGAGUAUAAACGCUGUCCUGUUUGCCGUGGUUCCUUUGACGAUAUUCGCAGAUACGCCCGGAUUGAUGAAGCGACGAAAAAGUUCAUCGCGUGGGCGCAUGAAAGUUUCCUUCCAUUGGUAGAUGAAAUGGUUAAUGUUCAACUAAAACUCCGGAAUAGCGAAAAUAACGAGCAAGUUCCUGCAGGGACCGACACAAUAACCCUCCAGCUAAAAGGUCCAGGUCGUGAACAGAUAAGCAAAAUCGCCAAAAUUGUGUGGCCAGACGAAAGAUACCACAAGGUUCUGAGGCUUCGUCGAAGAAUAUGGCAAUUUCUCGCGAAGGUUGAUGAAUCCGAGCAACCAUUCCAGCGCAUACACGCGCUCAUGGAUAUAGCCACUGAAUUAAAGGGAGGCACCACCCUCCUUCAAGUGCGUCACCGUCCUUUAGCUACUGCACUCUUGCUUCGAUGCGACUAUUCUAUUAUUUGCCAGUUUUUGAAUAUAACCGUACGAGAGGCGGGAACAGGCAAAAUCAGUGGCGAUUUCAGCAUCAGUAGAAAAUGCUGUGAAAAGCUAAUCGAAGAAUCUCAGCGGAGAACGUGGCCGGCCAUUGUGGUUGAAGAACACAUUUUCUGGGCCCAAUGCACUGCACUGGAACGUGGAAAAAAUAAAGGUUCCAAGGAGCUUGUAGCCGAAGCCAGGGUGCAUCUGCAGCAGGCCAGGAGUAUGUGCCACCGAUUUCCAGGACAGACGGUUGGGCUACUGGCCGAGAUAUCAGACAUGGACGAGAUGUUGCGCAAAUCGACAUUUUAUAUUCCUGUCACUAAUAAGGGACGGGCUUCAGUGUACGCAGCGAUGGCGGCCGAGUUUCGGGAAACCGGCCAUUGGUAUUAUUGUAAAAAUGGUCAUCCGUUCACGAUUGGAGAGCGCGAAAUGCCAAUAGAGGAGGCCGUGUGUCCACAAUGCGGAUCACCCGUAGGGGGUCGUCAGCAUGAAAUGGCCACUGGGGUUACACGCGCCAUCGAACUGGAUGACCAGUUAGGACGGGUUACCGUUUGA